AUGACAAAAUAUGGAAGUCUUAACACUGAACUACUGGAUAAGCAAUUGGAUGAUUUUCUCAAUUCUUGCAAUGUUAAGGCAACUAAGGACAUGAAAGUGAAGAGAGCACAAAUUAUUGCUCAACUUUCUGAGAUUGUAAAAAGAUGGAUCAAGGGAGUCGCCCUUGCCUGUGGCAGUAGUGAUCCUGAACCGAAUGCAAACAUAUUUCCUUUUGGUUCCUAUGUUUUCGAUGUUUAUGGACCUGAAUCAGAUAUUGAUGUUCUAUGCGUUGGUCCUAGUUAUGCUCGUGAGUCGGAUUUCUUUGAAACUCUGCACAAAAUUUUGGCAGAGAUGCCCAAUGCCUCACAAAUCCAGAAGAUUCCACAGGCAUAUGUGCCAAUUAUAAAGUUCAAAUUCGAUGAAAUAGCUAUUGAUAUGGUCUAUGCCUGCGUUGGUCUUCAUACCAUUCCACAGGACUUGGAUCUUUUGAAUAUAGAUUCAUUGAUGAAAGAGAACAUUUUGGAUAAGAAAACAAUGCUAAGUAUCAAUGGAUACAGAAACACAGAAAAGAUUAAACAAAUAAUGAACCAAAACAUGGAGAAUUUUUGCAUUGCAUUACACUCUCUAAAAUUAUGGGCGAGAAAUCGUAUUGUGUAUUCAAAUGCUUCAGGAUUUUUAGGUGGAAUAAAUUUGGCUUUAUUGCUUUGCCUUGUCUGCCUUCAUAAUCCAGAUGCCAGUGCUAGUUGGUUGCUAUGGAAGUUCUUCACAAUUUAUAGUGAUUGGACAUGGCCAAGUCCUGUAAAAAUUUCAAAUGAAUUUUUUUCAAUCACUCCACAUUAUGGUGGAGAGUGGGAGUGGGAUCCAGUACACAACAAUAAAAAUGAUGCGGUGCCCAAAAUUGAUCUUAUGCCAAUGAUAACACCUGCAACUCCUCACCGUUCCAAUGCAGCCAACAAUGUUUGUGCUUCAAGUCUUGCUAUCAUGAAGCAAGAGUUUAAGAUAGCCAAAGCCACUUGCCAGAGUAAGCAUUCGAAAUGGGGAGACUUAUGGGUGACUAGUCCUUCCAUGGUAGCUUGGCGGAUAUGGAAGGAAAUAAAUAGGAGUAUUUUUACAGACGAGGAAUUUUUGAAGGAAUAUUUAAUUAUUGAAGUGGUGAAAGGGAAUAUUCCAGGGAAAUGGGUGAAGAUUUACUCCAAAUGGGACAAAAUGAUGGAAGAGAAAUGGGGUUUGAAGGAUCUAGUCAUCUGCAACAUCAUUAAUAAACAAUCUAGGAGGAAGGGAGUAAGAUGUCGGGAACCAACCCCAGGUUGGCUUAAGUUGAAUUUUAAUGGAGCUAGCAAAGGAAAUCCCAGUGAGGCAGGGUUUGGCACUAUUUUGAGGAAUGAUUCAGGCAAAAUGAUUACUACAAUUAUGGGAUUGAUGGGAGUAGCUACCAAUAACAAGGCAGAGAUAUGUGCACUCGAGAAUGGGUUGGAGAUGUGUGUGAACAAGGAGGUUUUGAAUAUUCUCAUUGAAGGGGAUUCACAAGUGGUGUUAAAUGGAGUGAUGCAUUGUAAUUUUAUCAGCUAG